AUGUCCGGCUCCAUCGGCCAGCCCGACGGCAGCGGGGGCGCGGGCGGCAGCGGGCCCGGGGCGGCGGCCUGCGGGGACCCCAGCCCGGGUGCCCCGCCGCCGCCCGCGCCUGAGGCCGCCGAGGAGGCCGCUCCCGCGCCCCGGCCGCCGCCCGAGCCCGACGACGCGGCCACCGCGCUGCGCCUGGCACUGAACCAGCUCUCGGUGCUGGGGCUGGGGGGCGCGGGCAACCAAGAUGACGAGGGAGCAGCCGCGGGCGGCGGGGAUGGCGUGGCGGCGACUGCACGGGGCGCGGACGGUGGGACCGCAGUGGAGCCUACGCCCCCCGACGGGCCCGAGGCGGGCGCGCCCGUGGUGGCCGUGACCCCGGGCCCUCUGCCGCUUCUGGAUCCCGACGUGAGCCCCCCGCCGCCGCCGCCGCCCCGGCCUUCGCCGCCCGAUGUGUUCGCGGGCUUCACGCCCCACCCCGCGGCCCUGGGCCCCCCGACGCUGCUGGCCGAGCAGAUGAGCGUGAUUGGCAGCCGCAAAAAGAGCGUGAACAUGACCGAGUGCGUGCCGGUACCCAGCUCGGAGCACGUCGCUGAGAUCGUGGGUCGCCAGGGGUGCAAAAUCAAGGCUCUGCGCGCCAAGACGAACACGUACAUCAAGACGCCAGUGCGUGGAGAAGAGCCUGUCUUCAUCGUGACUGGCCGACAGGAAGACGUGGAGAUGGCCAAGCGUGAGAUCCUGUCUGCUGCCGAGCACUUCUCUGUGAUCCGUGCUACCCGCAGCAAGGCAGGUGGGCUGCCUGGCACCCCGCAGGGCCCGCCCAACCUGCCAGGACAGACCACUAUUCAGGUGCGCGUGCCCUACCGCGUGGUGGGUCUGGUAGUGGGGCCCAAGGGUGCCACCAUAAAGCGCAUCCAGCAGCGGACGCAUACAUACAUCGUGACGCCUGGGCGCGACAAGGAGCCAGUGUUCGCAGUGACAGGAAUGCCUGAGAACGUGGACCGGGCCCGCGAGGAGAUCGAGGCGCACAUCACGCUGCGCACUGGCGCCUUCACUGACGCCGGCCCUGACAGUGACUUCCACGCCAACGGCACCGAUGUAUGCCUGGACCUGCUCGGGGCAGCUGCAGGCCUCUGGGCCAAGGCCCCCAACCCUGGGCGGCGGCCCCCCUUGCCUACCGCCAGCCUCCGUGGGGACAGUGCCCUGGGCGCCCCAGGAGGCCCUGAGGCUUUCUACCCUAGCAGCCGCGGAGGACCACCAGUGCCAGACGCGGGCCCUGCCAGCCCCUAUGGCGGUUCAGGCAACGGGGGCUUCACCUUCGGAGGUGAUGGCCCUGGUGCCCCCACGGGGCCACCUGCCCCUGAGGACUGCGACUUCGGCUUCGACUUCCUGGCGCUGGACUUGACAGUGCCUGCAGCAGCCACCAUCUGGGCCCCUUUUGAGCGCGCUGCACCGGUGCCAGCCUUUAGCAGCUGUUCUGCUGUCAACGGGGCCCCUGCGCCACCUGCCCCAGGUGUCCGUCGCAGCAGCGGGGCUGGUACCCCGCGACACUCCCCCACGCUACCUGAACCUGGUGGCCUGGCCCUGGAGCUCCCACUCGCUCGCCGCGGCCCCCCUGACCCAGUGGGUGCCCUGCCCUGGCGGCCCCCACAGGGCACCCUGUCAUCUUUCUCAAGUAGCAGCAGUUUCUCCACGGCCACCUCGCUGCCCAGCAGCUCCUCAGCCUCUUCAUGUUCCCCCUUGGACUCCAGCGCCUCCGAAAGCAGCCGCAAACCCUCGGCCUCAGUGUCCUCCGGGUCCGCGGCCCCUGUAGCCUCUGCUACCCCUGGCCCGGUCCUGGUGCGGGAGUGCGUGGUGUGUGCCGAGGGAGAGGUAAUGGCUGCGCUAGUGCCCUGUGGCCACAACCUCUUUUGCAUGGACUGCGCUGUGCGCAUCUGUGGCAAGAGCGAGCCUGAGUGCCCCGCCUGUCGCACACCCGCCACCCAGGCCAUUCAUAUCUUUUCCUAAGGAGCUGCACCCAGGGCCAUUUGUCGGCCCUGGAGUGGGGAUGUGCUCUGGGCUGGGGUGGGGGAAAAGA